AUGACAGAAGGUUGUUUGAUUUCUAAUUAUCGGGAAACAAAGAAAAUUAUAGGUGGAAAAAAUUGAGCAGUACUGAAUAUUUAAAAACAGGAGACACUCCUUUUAAGUUUUCAAAAAGAAAUAUUUUUACAGGAAAUAUUUCACGCUCAAAACAAAAUGUUUCUUCGAUUGGAGGAGAUCAAGACUUGAAUAUUUUGUUAAUGGGAGAUCCACAAUACCACUUCAUGUGUGAACCUGAUAACGUGCAAUGUAAGCAGAUAUCGAGAAAGUGUCGAGAAAGUUACGGUUUGAAUGAGGUUUGCAGUUUCAAAGUUUCACUGGGUGGAGUUAUAACCUCGAGUGCCAGUCGAAAACUGCUAUAAAGCGGAAUUCAUGAGUGAUUUUUCAUUUUUCAGGCUUUCCAGCAAAGUUCGAAAAUUGCUGAAGGAGUUUUUGAAAACGAAUAUCACGAAAGAUCAAUUAUUUGUCCAUUCAGAAACAUUACGGACUUAUUUUUUUGCUUGAGCUCUUUUUAUAUUAGGCGACUACGCGGAAAAAAGCUUCUCGACGAUAUCGAGGGAGAAUCCUGUACCCGCCUGGACCAUCCUCUCGCAACAAAGUUGCCAGAUUCCCAAGUGA